CCAGGUUCUCCUGCUCUCUUCCCCAUCUCACCUUCAUCUCCCCAUUCUCUACCCUAUGCCCCUCUCUCCCUCCUCGCCCCGUCUCUGGUUCCCCACUCUAAACAGGACUGGUUGUUUCUCACUCGCUUCUGUUUUCUCACUGAUUUUGGACGUCUGGACUUCCGGUUCCGCUACCAAAAGUCGCGAUGCUGUCAGAAUAUAUUGCUCUACUUUGAUGACAGCUCUCAGUGGCCAGCUGUGUACAAGAAGCCGGACAAGGACUGCUACCAGAAGGAGGCGGUGUUGAGACCAGAGAAUAACCAGGUUAUCAACCUGACCACGCGCUACACCUGGUCUGGCUGUGUGGUGGAAGGAGAGGGAGAUGAGGAGGUGCUGAGUUGUGUGGGAGGUCGUAGUUUCCGCUCGGUGAGGGAGAGAUGGUGGUACAUUGCUCUCAGCAAGUGUGGGGGGGAAGGUUUGCAGCUGGAGUAUGAGAUGAAGCUGACCAAUGGCCAGUCUUUCUGGACACAACAUUUCUCUGCAGACGAGUUUGGGAUCCUGGAAACUGACAUAACGUUCCUGGUUAUCUUCUCCCUGGUCUUCAUCCUCUCAUGUUAUUUUGCCUAUAAUCUGAAAGGAAGGCAGCUUCUCCAUACGACAUAUAAGAUGUUUAUGACUGCGGCUGGUGUAGAGGUUGUCAGCCUUCUGUUCCACUGUAUCUACUGGGGCCUGUAUGCCAGAGAUGGAGUGGGCAACGGCAGUCUCAAGAUAAUGGGGAAAUUACUGUUCUCUGUCAGUUUCCUGGUGUUCCUGCUGAUGCUGAUCCUGCUGGGAAAAGGCUUCACUGUCACCAGGGCGAGGAUCAGCCACAGUGGAUCUGUCAAGCUGUCCAUCUACAUGACAGUCUACACCGUCACCUAUAUCAUCCUCUUCAUAUACGAGGCAGAGUUCUUUGACCCAGGUGAGGUGCUGUAUGCAUAUGACAGCCCGGCGGGCUACGGUCUGAUGGGUCUCCAGCUGCUGGCCUACGUGUGGUUCUGCUACGCCGUCCUGAUCUCCCUCAAACACUACCCUGAGAAACAAUCCUUCUACAUCCCCUUCUUCACGGCAUACACACUCUGGUUUUUCGCGGUGCCCGUCAUGGCUCUGAUAGCUAACUUUGGCAUCCCUCGCUGGGCACGGGAGAAGAUCGUCAACGGCAUCCAACUGGGAAUCCACCUCUAUGCUCACAUCGUAUUCCUCGCUAUCACUCGGCCCUCUGCAGCCAAUAAGAACUUCCCAUACCACGUGCGGACCUCUCAGAUCGGGAUCCUGCUGUCUAGUCCGAAGGCGGGUGUGGUGAGUGAGAGUUUCCCCCACCAUGCCUAUGGGAACAGCUCCUUCCUGGGCGACUCCCAGCCCAACUUCACAGAACUCUUCUCCAUCCAGUCGGGCCCAGUGAAGACGGUCGAGGAGACGGUGGGCCGGAAGGGACAGGAAGUGCAGAGGAACAGUGAGCAUAAGAUCAUCACCACCACGGCUGACCUGUCGUCACCCACCUUCCCACCACUCCCUCCCCCCAUGCUCCCCCGCCUCUCUGCCCACUCCCCCCCUCCCCCUCCACGACUCCCCUCCCACUUUACCGAGUACUUCAGCAUGCAGGGGGGAGGGGGCGUGGGCACCAAGGCAUGAGACAGACAGAGAGAAAGAGGGACACAGAGAGAAGGAGAAAGAUCGAGAGGGAGGUGGAGGAAGAUCAGGUAGCACCGAAAACAGGUCAAGCUAUGUAUAGCCACGAGGGAAGGAGGGAGGGAUAUGAGGAGGAAGAGAAGGGGAAGUCAUCAUAAGCAGACAUGUGGAAUAGAAGUUUGAAACGUCCCAUUUUCACCUCUAAAUAGAGAGAAUGGGAAAUGGCUGUGAGUUAAAGUGCUGAGCUUGUAAAAGAAAAAAGAAGCAAUAAAUAUUUGAACAUGAGCAGGGAGAGAGGCACCGGGAGGGAGAGAUGACAGAGUGGAUGUAGCCUGACCAAUAGAAUGAUAGGAGCGCACAGUGGAGACUGAACAAAACUCCUACGAACACUUUUAUUCAAGACUUUAUAAGGCAUCAAUGGAGGGGCUGAGGGAAACGUGUAAAUAGCUGAAGAGAAUGAGUUCCCAUUACUCUAAAAUAGUUGCAGAGUUUAUAUUACAAAAGGGAUGUAUUUUUCCCCACAUUGUCAAAUUCCAAGUGUUGCUGUGACCAUUGCAGUUCUCAUGCCAUUACAUUGUACAAGAGUAAAAUGUUCACUCAUAUCCUGAAACAAUACAUUCAUGUUUUUUUCUUCACAGAUUCUUGACAGAUGUUGUUAACACAAAAUAUUGAAUUUCUCCAUAUAUAAUAUGUUGGGAUGAUUUUAUAUUCUUAGAUAUGCUGAUUGCUCCAGGCUAUAGGAUUGAUAUACCGAUGUUUAAGUGUACAAUGUUCAGUUUACUGUGGACCCCUGAGGUACAGCUAAAACAAGCAUGUCUCUAAACUGAUUAUACUCCAUGUGCUCAUACAGUGCGCGUGCCUGUUGUACUACUAUUCAAUAACUUUGUAUAUUUCAUACCCUAUAGGCUACCGAGGUGUUCAUGUCACUUCAUCAUCUGGAACCUUAUGUCAUACUGUCCACAGACAACUGUUUUAACUCCCAAUACUACUGUUCAGUUCUCACUGGAGUGCAAGAUAUUAGCUUGCUCUGAAUGUAAUUCCUUGAUGUAUGUAGACCUUGGUGAAUGUAUUAAUGCAAUAGAGCACAAGGAAAGGGGUGGUGUUAAAGUUACAUUUUAUAUAUUUUUUUUACAUAUAAAUCAUACUUAUAGCUUGUUUUACUUUCAAUUUCAGCCUCCAUCCUUGGGGUAUGAACGAACUUCACAAUUCCCCCCCCCCCCCCCCCCGACUAGUAUGUAAUGAUGUCAUGUCAACUGUGUGAGGGGCUCAUUGUUGUUUCUCCAUAAGUAGGAACAGUAGUUCUUCCUGACCAUGAAAAGUCCUGGGCCCAUAAACAACUAAAGCAAACCUUUUAGAGUAACUGUGAAAGUAGUAGCACCAACGUCCUGUUUGUCCUGCAUGAAGCACUUUAAUGUUCCCCUUCUCUUAGUUUUCUGUUCUGCCAUUUAUUUCAAAGUGACUUUGAAUAGCGCUUUAAUCUGGAUCAUACGUAUCCACACACUACAUCCAAUGAUAUUCCGGUAUCAAAUAUACAAAUAUUACCUGUAGAUGUGUUCAUAUUAAUCAAUGUUAUCAAGUGUCAUUAUCAGACAUUUAAAAAUGUACAUGUAUCUUAAUAACAUUAAGUUGAUGAAAUAGCCUAAUGAUAUCAAUGUAAGGGGGGGAGGGUGUAAUUCAUAAGACCGUGUCAAGGCCAAUUUACCACCUGUUUCUUCUAAGAAAUGGAAAUAAUGGAAGUAAUCAACUACAUUGUAUUUUUUGUAUAACUUGUUAAUAUCUCAGUAUGAAACGUGCAACUCUCUUUAAUAUUUUUUUAUCCAAUCUGUAAAAAAGGUGUGGGGGAAAGAAUGGUGGUUAAUUGACUGUUUCCAAUGGUUUAAUUAAGAGCCCUUUAUUGUCUUUCUGUAGUAAUGUCUGGAGUAGGCUUGGUUUGGUCAGACUGGUACAGCACAUGUUAUGUACAUGAGAACAUACAGUCAAAGGUAUAAUGUAGUCUGUAAAAAAUGACACUUGAAUUAGAUUGUUCUGGUGUUCUAAAGGUUUCGUCUCUGUAGGUGUAUACAGUGGAAGUCAGAAGUUUACAUACACUUAGGUUGGAGUCAUUAAAAAACUUGUUUUUCAAACACCACAAAUUUCUUGUUAACAAACUAUAGUUUUGGCAAGUCAAUUAGGACAUAUACUUUGUGU